AUGAGUGUUGUUCCAUAUGCAUAUGAAUGUUAUAAGUCUAGCGUACUUCAAUAUAAAGAAUAUUCUCUGAGAAUUACUGAUAACGCUUUAGUCAUACAUAAAGAAGGUGCUGAUGAUGAAGACAUUACCAUUGGUCCAGGUAUAUUACCUAUCGAGCAACCAGAUGGUACAAUUGUUGAAACAGACAUAAGUCAAUACCUUCAAGAGUUGCAGAAUCGUGUGACAAGAGUUGAGAAUAAUUAUUUAGAUGCUCCAUUCUUCAGAACUGAUAAGGACUAUAUGUUUUCAUGUAUGGCGAGUAAUGGUUUGCAAGAAACUCGUGAGGUAAAUAUUAAUGAAGCAUUAGAGACUAUAAUAUAUCAUGUCAAACGGUUAUUAUCGAUUGACCAUGGAGUUCAUUUUGACCCAAGGUCUACACUGUUCAAUAUACCAAUGAUUGAAAACAGUCAUUUAACAUUUAAAGAAGAUACAUUGUAUAAUGCUUUAAACGCAGCAUUUGCUUAUAUAUUAGGUCAUGAACAAGUACAAAAUAGUGGUAUUGCAAUAUACUUAGAUAAAGUUAUGUUAAAGAAACCAUUGACAUUCACAGAAGAUGGUCCAAAAGCAACUGGUAUUGUUGGUGAUGGAACAUUAUUGACGAAAGAAUACUUAGCAAGUCAUGUCGGAGAAUUUUUCUCCACUAAUGAUAGUAUCAGUACAACACCAGAAGUUAUUUUAUUGAAGAAACCAAUCACAUUUGAUGCUGAAGGAAAGACUAAAGCUACUGGUAUUGCUGGUGAUGGUGUUAUUCUCACUAAGGAAUACUUGAAGAAAAAUAUCAAUGACUUCGUUGAAGUUGUCAAAGAUAAAGAAUCUGGUCUUAAAUUCAAUCCUUUAUCAUUCAUCUUUGACAUAGCAAACGCCGGAGCUACUGCAGCCUCAUGGAUAUCAUUACAAGGUCAAAUUGAUGCAUUAUGGACUUUUAUUGGUGCAAGAGAUGGUAUUCAAACAGUCACUGCAGCUUUAGAGUUAAUACCUGGUGGUAAAGGUGGUUUUGUUCUAGGUUUCAAAAAUCUUGUUACUACUGUAUUGACAAACGCAAAAUCUGCUGUAGGUUUUACCAUACAUAACGCGAGAAUGUAUUGGCAAUUAGGUACUGCUUGGUUACGUGCAAUACCAAGAGAUGCAGAUGAUAAGAAAGAAGAUCAAGUUGACCUUAAUGUUCCAACUGUUAUUGUUAAACUUCGUGAAUUAUAUCCAUCAUUUGUAGAAUUCAUCAAGAGUGUAAAUGAUUCAAUCAGUACUAAUAGUAUUACUUUAGAUAAAGAGUUUCAAGGGAUAGAUUACAUCUUUUGUUCGCUUGCUGAAUUAGCGAAGAAAGUUGAGGAGAACAAAAAUAAUGGAGGAAGAACUGCACUUGAGAUUGCAAACAAAGCUGACAAAAGUUAUGUUGACGAAGAGAUACGUAAAGUUACAUCUAAAGAAUAUACUUUACCACAGUCUGUCAUACUUAAGACAAUCAAAGGUCCAGAGAAAGAUAUGUACCCAGGUGAUGGUACAACAGUUAAAGUUAAUGAAAGAGUUUCA